AAUCAAUCUUACUACGUAUCAAAAUUGCAUUAUAACAUAUAUUGUUAAGAGCUAUUUUGACCUUAAUAAGAGCCUAAUAAUACACACAGCCAGAUAACCAUCAUAUCUAAAUCACAGCCCUAGACCACGUAGAUAACACAAAGCAUCACACUGUAUGUCAUGAACGUUUCCUUACUUCGUCCGUAUCAACUACUCGUCUCUCAACUCCUUAUGAAUAUAUUGUAUUUUAUUUUAAUUAAAUAAAAGUGUUAUUAUGUAAAAAGAACAUUAGUUUUAUAAAUAAUUUGUUGACACUGUGUUGAAGAUCGAUACGGACAUGGAUAAAUCAUUUUUUAAACAGGCAUGGAUUGUAUCAGGAGUACUUCUCACAAUGUUGGAAGUGGGGAUGUUCUUGGGAUUCACCACGUCCUUGCUACCGGCGCUGAAGGAUCCAACUUCACCAGUCAGGGCAAGCCUGGAACAGUCUUCUUGGAUAGCGGCGUCUUUCAGCUUAGCUUGGAUACCCGGCUUUCUAUCCUCAUCAUACUACAUGGACCGGUUCGGAAGAAAAGCAGCCUUCAUCUUUGACGUAAUACCCGGGGCAUUAGGAUUGGUCCUCAUGUACUUCUCCUCAAACGUCUUCUGCCUCCUAGCAGCCAGGGUUUUGGAAGGCAUAACAGCAGGAUCCACCUCCAUUCUAGGAGCUAUAAUAAUUGGAGAAUAUACGAGUCCAGCAAACCGUGGCAUGUUCUUAAAUCUGAAGACUGCUGCUCUGUAUCUUGGGAGUAUGAUAGUUCAUCUUCUGGGUUACUAUUUCCAUUGGAGAACAAUUGCUGUUCUGUCGCUAAUCCCAGCCCUGAUUGCGUUUGGGAUGAUCUGCACUUGGCCGGAAAGCCCGUCUUGGUUGGCUUCGAAGAAAAGAUUCGAUGACACAGCAAGAGUUUUCUAUUCGCUUCGAGGCAAGACCGAGCAAGCUGAUAUAGAGCUACAAGAUCUAAUAAGAACCCAAAAAGAACGACCCAAGAGCAUGGAACUAACUUUACUGUACAGCUCUCUGUUGUUUUUCAGAAAAUUUAGUCGAAGAGACUUUGUGAUGCCGGUCUUAAAUUAUCUUUUUGCGGCAAUUCUCUUGGAAACGACGGGAAGACACAUUUUCCCUGCCUACGCUGUCCAGAUUAUAACAGAAGUUUCUGGCAACCAUGACUCCUUUUACUACACUUUAGCGUUAGAUAUUUUAGUGACUGUUAGUGCCACAUUUUCUUCGAUCUUAAUUAGACUGUUUAAGAGAAGAACGUUGCUAUUUCUGACUGGUUCUGUAGCGGUUUUGGUUCUUAUGGCCGCGUGCUGUGAUCUGUUCUUAGCAUCUAAUGGUAUUAUACCUAAUAUACCUUGGAUACCGAUGUCUUUAUUCGCUGUGUACUUUGCGAUUGUUAACUUCGCAUGUGCCCCUAUUCCUUUAGCUCUUAUUGGUGAAAUUUUUCCCUUAGAACACAGAGCUGGCGGUACGACUAUCGCGGGCAUAUUAAUAGCUUUGACAAGUAUAGCAACAUUAAAAAUGACGCCUCUGUUAAUGGCGACUGUUAAGGUUUAUGGUACAUUCUUUAUUUUAGGCAUAAUAAUGGCUAUUUCUCUAGUAUUCUUGUAUUUCUUGUUGCCAGAAACAAAAGAUAGGACUUUGCUGGAGAUAGAAUAUUUCUAUAAUCAUGGCCGGUUUAGGGAUGUUACUCAAGAUGAUAAGGAGGCUGAAUCUACCAUGAUACAGUUACCUCGGAUCGAAAUCACUAAAGAGGUUCUUAGUUGAGUGUAAAUAUACAGCCGUUGGUGUUGUGUGAUACUAGCUCUAUUAUUUAAAGUAUUGUAUCGUGAUGUAUAAUUGAAAGUUAUGUUUAAGUAUUUUUUUUUGUACUUACAAGAUGGUUAGACUGGAUAAUAAUUU